AUGCGUUCAGGAGCCUCAUCAACCAGCUGUUUCAAUGGUCAGUGGACACCUGCAACUCUUGGCACGUGUUCAAGUGGCAUAGGUGGCAUAGGUGGUACCGGUCUAACAUGCCCUUCUCUACUUGCACCACUUGGUGGGACGUUAACGUAUUCCUCGGCAAUUCCACCGUACCCAUCUGGAACCACAGUGACGUUACAGUGUUCGAAUGGAUUUCCUACAGGUAAGUAAAG